GAGUCAGAAUCAAGAUGUUCAAAUGAUGCAACAAGCUGUGUUGGAUGACCAAGAUCGAUCAUUGGAUGCAUUGGCAAAUGCGAUAUCCCGACAAAGGGACCUUUCCUUACAUAUCUCAUCGGAACUUGAAGUUCAAGAAGGACUUUUAUCCGAGUUGGACGAAAAUAUGGAUUUUACUUCCAGCCGACUUAGCAAAGCAAACCGCAAGAUGAACGGUUUAUUUGACAAGAUGGCACGUGAUGGCGCCUGUUGGACAAUAUUCGGUUUGGUUGUUGUACUCUUGAUCCUUAUCAUCAUCUUGAAAUGAACAUUUCGCUCUUGAGUCACACUUCUAAUAGUCUUGUAUUUCGAUCUCGAAACUAUCGUUUGUAUUUCAAUAUACUGUAAUAACAAUUCAUCAUCUUUUUGGUUUGCAGUCUUUGAAUUCCGAGGAUACUUGUUCAAGCG